AUGGAGGUUAGUGAAGAGAAGACACAGGUUGGAACCCCCAAGCCCAGGAGUUACCCAAGGAUUUGGGUGACCCCACUACCCCUUGCACCCAGGUCCCUUUGGCCUGCAUGCCAUGACUCAGUCACUUCCCUGUGCUUCCCCCAAGGGACAGCAGAGGAACUGGCCCAGCUCCCUCACCAGGACACCCAGGCCCUAGGCCCCUGCUGGGAGCCAAUAUUUCUGGGGACUUUGGGCCCCAGGUCUCUGGACAGGGAUUCCAAGAAUAUGCAGACCCAGACCAGCCAGAAGCACCACAGCCUGAAGACCCCAGGGACUCCCCUGGCCCCACCUCGGAGAAGACCUCGGAAGCAGCCAAACCCCUGCCAGGGCUCUGAGAAAGUGGACUCCGGGUUUGAGGGGGUGACUCUGAAGUUUCAGAUAAAGCCAGAUUCCAGCCUGCAGAUCACCCCCACGUACAGCUUGGCCUGUAGCAUCCGUUCUCACAGACCCCCUGCAUGCCCUACUGAGGUCCCAGAGGCCCACCCCGAAGGCAGUGAGGCCCUGGGGCCUCGGCGCUGUGCAUCCUGCAGGACCCACAGGACUCCCCUUUGGAGAGAUGCUGAAGAUGGGACGCCUCUCUGCAAUGCCUGUGGUAUCAGGUACAAGAAAUACGGCAUUCGCUGCUCCAACUGCUGGCUGGUGCCCAGGAAAAGUGUUCAGCCCAGGAAGUUAUGUGGCAGAUGUGGUGUGACCCUGGGCCCUCACCAAAGCCCAGUUCAUGAAGGUUAAGUCCUUCACCCAGCUGAGCCAGUUCUGCCUCAGUUUCACCAGAGGGAGAACAGAUAGAAGGUCUUCUAGGAGGAGUGACAGCCUGCCCCAU